AUCACCACCACCACCACCACCGCACCGCCCAAGCAGCCCCUCCACCGUCACGCUCCCCACCCACCCCCGCCACCUCCCCGCUCCUCGCCGGCCACCCAGCAAACAAACCCUAGCCCCAGGCCCCCCUCCUCCGGCCACCUCCCCGCAUUUCCGGCAGAUCCGCCGUCGGCCGCCCAGAUCCGCCCAUGCGCCUCCCGCUCCUCCUCCUCGCCCUGCUCGCCGCGGCGGCGUCGGCGCCGGCCGCCGCGGCGACGCUCUCGACGAGGAUGGUGCACCGGCUCUCCGACGAGGCGCGUGUGGCGGCGGGGCCCCACGGGGCGGCGCGGUGGCCGCCGCACGGGAGCGGGGGCUACUACCGCGCGCUGGUGCGGAGUGACCUCCAGCGGCAGAAGCGCAAGCACCAGCUCCUCUCCGUCUCGGAAGCCGGCGGCAUCUUCUCCCCCGGCAACGAUUUCGGCUGGUUGUAUUACACAUGGGUGGAUGUCGGGACGCCGAACACUUCCUUUAUGGUCGCAUUGGAUACUGGAAGUGAUCUGUUCUGGGUACCCUGUGAUUGUAUCGAGUGUGCUCCAUUGGCUGGCUACCGUGAAACUUUGGAUAGAGAUCUCGGGAUUUACAAACCAGCUGAAUCAACAACGAGUCGGCAUUUGCCCUGCAGCCAUGAGCUUUGCUCAUCAGGUUCAGGCUGUUCAAGCCCAAAGCAGCCUUGCCCAUACAGCACUGACUAUCUUCAAGAAAACACAACCAGCUCAGGUUUACUAAUUGAGGAUGUUCUACACUUGAACUCCAGAGAGAGCCAUGCACCAGUGAAGGCUUCAGUCAUUAUAGGUUGUGGUAGGAAGCAAAGUGGUAGCUAUUUGGAUGGUAUUGCACCAGAUGGACUUCUUGGCCUUGGGAUGGCAGAUAUCUCAGUUCCUAGCUUCCUUGCAAGAGCUGGAUUAGUUCGAAAUUCCUUUUCGAUGUGUUUCAAGGAAUAUUCUGGGAGAAUUUUCUUUGGUGAUCAAGGAGUGUCUACCCAACAGUCGACGCCAUUUGUUCCUUUAUAUGGCAAAUUUCAAACUUAUGCUGUUAAUGUCGACAAAUCUUGUGUUGGCCACAAAUGUUUUGAGGGUACUAACUUCGAGGCCAUAGUUGAUAGUGGAACAUCAUUCACAGCUCUUCCCCUGAAUGUUUACAAGGCUGUCACUGUCGAGUUUGACAAACAAGUUAAUGCCUCAAGAAUAACCCAGGAAGAUGAUUCUUUUGAAUACUGCUACAGUGCCAGUCCUCUGGAGAUGCCUGACGUGCCAACUGUAACUCUUAAUUUAUCUGCAAACAAGAGCUUUCAGGUCGUUAAUCCUACAAUUGUACGCAAGAACGGAGAGGGAUCGAUUGCUGGCUUUUGCUUAGCUGUUCAGAAGUCACCAGAGCCUAUUGGAAUCAUUGGACAGAACUUCCUGACUGGAUACCACAUUGUUUUUGACAAAGAGAACAUGAAGCUGGGCUGGUACCGGUCUGAGUGCCAUGAUCUUGACAACAGCACGACGGUGCCCUUGGGCCCGUCGCAGCACCACAGCCCGGGGGAUCCGCUGCCGUCGAGCGAGCAGCAGACCUCUCCCACCGUGACGCCUCCUGCCGUCGCAGGCAAGGCGCCGACCUCCUCGAGCGGGCCGUCGAACUUACAUAAGCUACUCGCCAACUGUUGCUGGCUGCUGUUUCUGACCAUCUCCACCGUGUUCUUCAUCUCAUGAAUCAGCAACUGAAUAAACCUAACUGGUGAUAGCCCCUGUAUAUCGCAUAAGUCCCGUUUGUCACC